AUGUUGUUCAAAACUCUUCUUGUAGCAUCCACGGCUUCGGCAACAUGCCUUCACGGCUUGUCCAUGUUCAAGCGUGCUGACGAGGUCAAAGUCAGCAAGUUUGGCUAUGGCCCCCUCAAUGGCCCUUUCAACUGGGCUUCUCUUGCUCCUGAGAACGAGGCUUGCAAGAACGGCACCAACCAGUCACCCAUCAACAUUGACUCCAAGAUCCCCCUGGCCAAGUCCAAGCCCAAGCUGACUGUUCCCGCCGUAUCCGAGUCUAUCUUUGAGAACCUGGGUAGCACGAUUGAAGUCCUGGCCAAUGGCACCACAAACUUCGAAGGCACGGACUUCCGCCUCGUCCAGUUCCACAUGCACACUCCGUCCGAGCACCACAUUGACGGCGAGUACUACCCUCUCGAGCUGCACAUGGUGCACCAGGGCGUUGUCGACAACACCAAGCUCGCUGUCAUCGGCUUGAUGUUCCAAGUUUCCGCUGGAAAGUCGUCUUCCAUCAUUGCCUCGCUCUCAUCGGCUCUCCCGGAAAUCACCGUUCCCGGCACCAAGACAUCCAUCAAGGGCGGAAUCGACUACAAGGACGUCAUCUCUGCCAUUGAGACUUCCGACAUUGUCCAGUACACUGGAUCGCUCACCACGCCUCCCUGUGCCGAGGGCGUGACUUUCCUGCUUCUCAAGGACCCUCUCGACAUCAGCGUUGCCGACUACAACGCCAUCAAGAAGAUUGUCAAGUUCAACUCGCGCUUUGUCCAGAACGAGCUCGGCGAGACCAACAUCCUCGAAGUCGGUGCUCUCUCCGGUACUGCCAAUGCCAUCAUGCCCAUCACCGCCAAUGCCACUACUCCCCUGACGCCUCAUGCUGCAGCAGAGUCCCCAGCCGCCCAGAAGGGCGAUGCCGACGCCACUGCAUGCGAUCAAAAGCCCAAGGACAACGGUGCCCACGCGGGAUACCCUGGCAACCCUCCCCACAGGCGAUCGGCCAAGUUCGCACAGUAA